GCGGAGCCUCGCUAGGACUGGCUUGGGGUGCGGGGCGCGUGGACGCGGCCGGGAACCGGGUUUUAGAGCUUCUGAAAGCUGUGGCAGUCCCUUGGCUUUAUUGCUCCGCGUGCGGGUGCGCGACGAUGAGGACGGUGGUUUUGGUCACCGGUGCGAGUAGUGGCAUUGGCCUGGCCUUGUGCAAGCGGCUGCUGGCGGAAGAGGAUGAGCUUCACCUGUGCUUGGCGUGCAGGAACACGGACAAAGCUGAAGCCGUUCGGGCUGCGCUGCUGACCGCUCACCCCACAGCCGAGGUCACCACCGUGCAGGUGGAUGUUAGCAACCUGCAGUCAGUGUUGCGGGCUUCCACGGAGCUCAAGCAAAGGUUUCAGAGAUUAGACCAUGUAUAUCUGAACGCUGGGAUCAUGCCUAAUCCACGGCUGAAUAUCAAAGCACUUUUUGCUGGUCUCUUUUCAAGAAAAGUGAUUCAUAUGUUCUCCACAGCUGAAGGCCUGCUGACCCAGGACGACAAGAUCACUGCUGACGGGCUCCAGGAGGUGUUCGAAACCAAUGUUUUUGGCCACUUCAUCCUGAUUCGCGAACUGGAACCUCUCCUUUGUCAUAGCGACCAUCCAUCUCGACUCAUCUGGACAUCAUCUCGCAAUGCAAAGAAAUCUAAUUUCAGCCCAGAAGAUUUCCAGCACAGCAAAGGCCAGGAGCCCUACAGCUCUUCCAAAUAUGCCACUGACCUCUUGAGUGUGGCUUUGAACAGGAACUUCAACCAACGGGGUCUGUAUUCCAGUGUGGUGUGUCCAGGUGUAGUAUUGACCAACUUGACUUAUGGAAUUCUACCUCCCUUUAUCUGGACACUACUGAUGCCAAUUGUAUGGCUGCUUCGCUUUUUUACAAAUGCGUUCACUAUGACACCGUAUAAUGGAACAGAAGCACUGGUAUGGCUUUUCCACCAAAAGCCCGAAUCUCUCAAUCCUCUUUCAAAAUAUAUGAGUUCUACAUCUGGCUUUGGAAGUAAUUAUGUAAUAGCUCAAAAGAUGGACCUAGAUGAAGACACUGCUGAAAAGUUUUAUCAAAACUUGCUGGAACUGGAAAAACAUAUUAGGGCCACCAUUCAAAAAUAAAAUAACUAGAGCCGAUGACACUUUGAAACAUAACCUA